ACACAUAGUUGGGUUAAGUUAAGUUAGGAUGAAACCAUUGUUGUUAUAAACAACAGAUAGUUCCUCUCCAUCAAGAGUUUUUUCUCAUUUUUUCCCUCACCAACUGGUAAAAAAAAUCAAUCAAUAAAUUAAGAAUGCUGAAAAUAAUACUUCACAACUCAUCAAUAGCUACCCUCACCUAACGUAAUCUAACCUAACCUACAAUACCAAACGACUAAAGCAUUAUACCAAAACCAUAUCUAACCUAAUCGAGCCCGAAACUGUACAAACUCUUAACAUGACGCUGGGACAUAGGGGCUUCAGGUACAGUAAGUCCUAAACUCCUCUGCACCGCACCUAAACCAAUCAUAAAGUAACAUGAGACCCACAACUACAGUACAUCAAUAUCUAGAGACCACUCCGAGUCAUGAGCGGACAAAUGUUAACAAAGGCAGUAGAAGCGUGGUCACCUGAGUACAGAGUGGGGAGUGGUGGGGUGUGGCUGUGUUUAUUUCCUCUGUCAAUAACUGCGUCAGAAUUGAUAAGUGUUCUCAUCAGUUGUGGUGCAGUGCUGCUGGGGAACAAGCGACCUCGUCUCCACCUUGGUUGUAUCCUGGAUACACCAGGACGUUCCUACGGUGUCUACUUCUUCAUUGUUCACAAUAUUAAGGAUAUUAUCAACGCUAACUCGAUCAUGAAAGCAAUGUUUACGGUACUGUAGUAUAAAGUGACUUAAUACGGACCAGAAACUGUCUUAGUAAGACACUUGUUUGGUAAGACUUUAUAUCAAGAGCAAGACCGACUGAGAAGACUGACAUUAUUACUGAGAUAAUGAAGCGUGAAAACACGGACGGGAGCAAGUCGGUUCACUGUAGAGGUUUGCCAGCUUUACUCUGUCUUCUACGACUCUUGGGUUGUUUCCCUUUCACAAGAGUUACCACGGUAGGAGUGACGUUGGUUAGGUGUGGCCAGCAGACUUCAGUAACACUCAAGAGGACGUGGCCUCUGCUGGCGUGGUCUGUGCUGUUUGCAAUAGGACACGUUUCCUUGACGACUUUUUGUUUUAUCAAAUGGGAAAUAUUAUUUUUCAUUCUCACACCACUAGGUGUCGCUGCCCUUGUAUUCUACGUGAGCUUCAUGAUUGCCACGUGCGCCUACCUCUACCAGGUCACCAACAGUCACCUCCUCGCGCUGAUCGUUAUUCGUUUCCAAGAUUUACUCAACAACGUUUCAGAUGUGCAGAAACUUUUCCUUCAGAGUAGUGGCAGCAAGUUAGGAAACGCUGGCAGCCAACAACCUCUGCGAUGUAUUAACAAGUUGAGGCUCAUGUUUAAAGGCAUAGAGAAAACUGAUCUUCUAGUAUUUCUCUUCGUGACCUUGAUUAUGGUUGAAACUGGUUAUUACAUGUAUUUAUCAUUGUACCAUUAUUAUUAUUUGGAAGUAAUAAGAGUCUUCUUUUCUUCUCUCCUGCGUCUCGUUUUCAUCUGUUUAAUCACUUGCUUCAUGAGGACUCUUGCAAAGACACUCACAGAAACGCGACGAGCUAUUGCUACGCACCUCGAAUCCAAUGACCGUUUGGCAUACGUCACCUGCCCCAUAUCUCCGGUAGACGACCCAGGCACAAGAGACCUCAGUAAAAGUCAUCAUGACGCACGGCACCUCAACACCAUGGGCGCCACACACCUGAGAACGAGCGCACGUGGACAAGACUGGAGUCUCCAUGACUUGGUCCCGACCAGCGUGAUAAAUGAGGCACAACUAAAGACUUUUGAAUCACUGCUGAGACAGGUAGAGACGCUUCAAGAUCGGGUGUUUGACUACUUCGGGCCACCUCUCAUCUGCCAUUUCCUAAACAUCGUCCUGAGCUCAAUCGCCGACACCUAUUUCCUCUUCAACUUUGAACCAGUCUUUACCAGGAGCUGUCUGGCAUUACUCGCCAACAUUUUGAGCCUUGUGGUUAUUCUACACGGGACCUGGAUAAUGCAGAAGGAACGGGACGCCUCCGUGACUUGGUUGAAGGACGAGCUUCUCCAAGUUGAGGACGAACGUGUACUGGCCAGGGGCUGGUGGUUGGUGGGUGACAUGCAGAGAACACUGUGUCCCAAGGCAGUGGGCUGUUUCACCCUCGACAACCACUGUUUUGUGGCUGUGGGGAGCUUCGUGGCGACCUACGUGGUGAUCCUUCUCCAGUUUACUACCAACAACACUACCUCGGCCUUCACCACCUCCCACCCACCGACUACGGCCUCCAGUGGCCUCUAAGACUCCUGCCUCCAGUAACCUCUAAGACUUCUGAACCUCUUGUUUGAUGUAAGAAACCUGCUGGUCCCUGAGUGGAUAUACACACACUAUAUGUCACAGUAAGUAGAUAUAUUCACGUGUUAAGACUGUUUACAUGCAGCGUAUCUCACAACAUAACUGUCCUUGUUUUUGUAUCAUUACUCGUAAUGACCAAUUGAUUCUUCAUGUCAAGAUUUUUUUUAUAGGAAAAGUUAAAUAAUCAUUUUAAAAACAUUCAAAUUUAUCGUGUAUAUAAGCUAACCUAACGCUAAACUAAAUCUAGCCUAAGCUAACCUAGGCUAGCCUAACCUAAAUUAAUCUAACCUAACCUAACAAAAUCUAAACUAACCUAACCCCCGUGUAUAACCAGCUUGGCCUUCACCUCAUCUAUACAGUCACACCCCAGGAGAGCCUAAAUAACAUGUGGUUUCUGUAGGUACGUGUAAGCAUGACUCCCCCCCCCCACCCCCACCAGAGAACACACCUUACACGAGUUAUUUUAGUCUACCCUCUGGUUUUACUUUUAAUAUUCUUAGUUUAGCUCUUAAUAUUCUUACCUACGCUUAACACAGGUAAUGACUCGAUAAUUUAUAGCAGCAACACAUUUU